AUGGAUAGUGGUGGUAAUAUGCGUCAAAAUGGAGUCAAUCCCACUAACGACAGCACUUUUACUUCAACAACAAAAACUACAACUGCAAAUUCUGCUUAUAAUAGAAGAUCCUUGCCACCACCACCACUACCUAUGAAACCAAAACAUUCUAAAUUUGCUAAUCCUGCUAUAUUGCCUGCACAGAGAAUGGAUGUUGAAGUAGACUCUUCGUCGUCGGCUGCUGUUGCUUUUGCGAUUACCUCGGCAAAAGUGCUGCCAAAGGUCCCCGGGGGUCGUGGUGCAAAUCCAUCUCUUCAACAACGAAAAAUAUCAGGCGAUAAUAUUAAUAGCAGUAGUCAUAAUAAUAUACUGGCUGAGCCACGUGGAAAGAUCAUUGCAUCAGAAAAUACUGGGAUUGAUGAGUCGAGUUUAAACUAUAAUGAUUUAAAAGCGAGAUUUCAACGAAAUGCUAUGUCAGAAAGAGGUGAACCAGCGCCUCCUCCUCUGCCAAAAAAGCGAGCAAACCGGAAUAAUACCAUCGCAUUAAUACAAGAUGUUUCUGCAUCAUCAUUACCACGGAACCAAUUAAUUAUACCCUCGGCAUCUUCACCGUCCUCAUAUCAAAAUAAUGUUACUCCUAACGCAAAUUCACGUAAUAUAGUAAUGAAACCAAACAUUUCUGCAGUCUCAAGAUCUUCACCCUCUAUUGAAAAACCAGAUCCAUUUGCUGGAUAUGAAGUAGACGACGAUAGUGAUUAUGACCUAAGUGGGAAUAGUAAGGAUUGGGUCGAUGUUACUGAUUAUACCUACGAAGAAGAAAGUACGGAACAUAAUGGCAAAUCUAAUAAAUCUUCUUCACAAUCUGGUGCCAAAACCUCAAAAUUAAAUCCUACACGAUGGGGUAGAAGCAUGUCAACUGGGAAUGCACAAUCAUCGAAAAGAAAUAAUUAUUCUAAUCCUGAUUCUAGCUCUUCUAUUGAGGAAAAACUUUAUCAUAAUCAUAGUAAUAUUUCCGGGUCAACAUCACCACCGCUACAGAGUCAUGACGUGGAUUCUUCAUCAUCAUCUGAUAGUAUAGAUACAAAAUAUACAAGGCCAAUUAAUCAAGUGCGGUCUUUAGCUAGAAAUCAUACUACUGGUGGAAUAGAUCUUCUGCAAAGGCAAAGGCGAUCAUAUAGCGAGAACUCGGAGUAUAGCAUUGGAACAACAUCAUCAUCUAUAACAUUGGUUGAAGAAGAUGAGCAAACACGAGAGUCAAAGCGAAGGCGAAAAUUAUGGAAUUCUAUUAAAGAAUUAGUAGACACGGAAAGAGUUUAUUUGGCUGAUAUGAAGCUAUUAGAAACGGUAUAUUAUACGCAAGCAAAAGAAAUUCCUAUAUUCAAUCAGUAUGAUUUGAAAACGAUAUUUAAUAAUUUACCAGAAGUUAUCAAUUUUUCUUCAACGUUUUUGGAGAUGCUGUCUAAAGCUGCCGGCAUUGAAGAUUCUGAGACAGAUGAUGUAGAAAAACAUAUAGUCGAGGAGAAUGAUGAUACGUCAAUAGGAGAAAAAUUUUUGUUUAUGCUACGUAAUACAAAGACUGCAGAAAAUUCUAAUCUAAUGGAAGAAGUAUAUGGAGAAUAUUGUAAACGACAUGAAGCGUCGGUAGCCAAAUUACAAGAGUAUGAAAACGAUGAAGAUAAACAAAGUUUUCUCCAGAAAUGUAAAGAACAAUGCGAGGGACAAACACGAAGUUGGGAUAUAUCUAGCUUAUUAAUUAAACCGGUGCAACGCGUACUCAAAUAUCCAUUAUUAUUGCAUGUAAGCAUACUAUACCUUAAUAGCUCAAAUUUUACGCUAGAGCAAAUAUUCUCGCUGACGAAACCCACGCAUCCUGACUUUAAAAACUUGAAAGAAGCGUUCAGCGAGGUUACUAUGGUCGCCGAAAGAAUCAAUGAAAUUAAAAGACGGAAAGAUAUCGUGGAAAAAAUUGUCGGAAGUAAAAAGAAAACGGAUGCAGAUAUAAAACACGUUACUGGAAUUGCCAAAGCCACCGAAGAUCAAUUUUAUGACGCAUGCGUAAAGAAAUUCAAAAAAUGGGAAGGACAAGGACAGAAACUUUCUAAAGAUAUCCGAGAAUGGUUGAAAAGUGUAAGGCUAUUUUUUGAGCAGCAAGAAGAAUUUGCUUCUUCGCUUUAUGAUUUUUAUGAUUGUUGCAUGUUAGAUGACGAGCAAAAAAAACGGCCGACUGAGUAUCGAAAAAUUGUGGCUGAUCUUGCCUCGUGUGGAAAAGAAAUGGAAGAAGCAACCAAGAAACUAUUGCCACGAAUUGAUUCAUUUAUGGAGCUGUUUAAAGCGCCAGCAGCGGUGAUGAGAAAGCGCGACAGAAAAAUUUUGGAUUAUGACCGAGCAAAGGCGAUUAAAGCACGAGGCGAUACACCGGACAAAACCUUACAACAAUCAGCAGCAGCAUUCGAAUCAAUACGAGACCAACUACAAGAGGAAUUACCGAAAUUUUUCGAGCUCAUGGGUCGAUACUUCGACAUAAUCUUGCGCGAAUUUUCCGAAAUACAAGCACGAUUUUAUCGACAAAUGGGCAUGGAAUUUUCCCAGUUUUUCUACAAGUAUAUCGAUCCAGAGGCAUUGGAAUACGUGUCGGAUGAUCGGAAGUUGGUGUUACGUAAUAUUGAUGUUCAAACAGAGUAUUUGGCUGCUUUUUUGGGUAUGGAUGAUAAGCUGGAGAAGUUUGUGUUGAUUGGGAAUCAUGGAGUUACAGAGUCGAAUUCCAAAAUAAAACCGAAAAAAGAGUCGGAGGCUAGACGUGGAAGAAGUUCGAGCCUUUCAGAUUCUUACUCUACACAAGAUUCCGAGUCAUCGAGGCGGCCAGGUAAAACAUUGCAUCGAUCAGUAUCACAAGAUGGUCGUUUAGCUGUCAAAUUUGAAGAACAUUCAUCGCAUACACAACGAAUGUCAUACCAUUCUAACUCGUCAUUAUCUUUAUCCGAUGAUAUACGAAAGUCUUGGAAUGUUGAUGGAACUUCCCCUUUUAUUGAGGAUAAUAAUCCAUUCGACGUUAGUACUGGUCAAAUUUAUGACGAUCCCGAGCGAAUAAAUGGUCAUCGAAAAUAUGCAACCGAUAGUGCACUAACCUCACUGCGUCACACCUCUCAAUCAACAAUAGUUGCUGAUGACGAGGACUACGAAUUCGCCGGUAAAGUUAACAUUAGUAGAUACGAAGACUAUGCAUUUAUUGGAAAAGAUAACACCAUUAUCAUAACCGCAACUAACACGACCACCAAUACCACGUAUGACAAAACUAUCGAGGAUGAAGACGAAGACGACGAGGAAGAAGUGUAUCAUGACACGCGAACCGGCGAGGAAGAGGAAAUAAACGGUGAGGAAGGGGGGAAAAACGUUGGUGACAAGGUUUUAUUUGUGUGUUACGCACUGAGACGACAUAAAUCAAAAGAUCCACGCCAAUUGUCGUUUAAGGUUAAUCAGCCACUUGAAGUGACUCAUAUACACGAGGAAGAAAAGAACCUUUGGUGGCUUUGCAUUAAUAUGGAUACUGGCGAGCGAGGAUGGGUCGAUCCUAAAUUUUGUAAAAAAUUUGACGAUUGA